GCUUUCCUCUAAAGUAUCUAGAUGUCUUGAUAUCUUAUUGGCUGAUCUUUUUCAGGUACAUCUCAAUACAUCCAAUGAAAUUACUCCCCCGCAAUUAGUCUCUCCAUCAGCGCAGACUUCCUUCCCUCCUCCAAUCCGAGAUAACCUCCUGCGUAGUAUAAGCCAAGAUAGUGGUUACGAAACUAGCGACCUUGCUUUUUUGCUUGACUGGACUAUGCUAUCGAUUCCCCCCUGCGCCCAUUUUUGCCAAUAUACACCUAGGUAUUCAAAUAUAUAAACACCAGCUGCCUCCCAAACUUCUCCUUUUCUUCAUCAUAAUCUUUCAUCCUUUUUAAUAGCUUUUCGUGUCCUACUACAAUUUAUCUUUACAACACCAUUCGACACGCUCAUCAAUUUGACUCGCAAUCCACGCCUCACACCUCCAUCAUACCCCGCCAUUAUCAAUCUCAAACCAGCGCUUCACGUUAACAAACAGCAUCACAACAUCACAACAUCACUGCCAUAUCACUUAAAUUCACAAUAAAAAUAACAAACCGGGAAAUUUUUAGAACCCAUCAGUCAUCAUCUAUCAUUAUGGGUUUAAAAGCAGUUCAUUUCGGUGCCGGCAACAUCGGUAGAGGUUUCGUGGCUGAAUUUCUUCACAAAUCCGGCUAUGAAGUCGUCUUCUGCGAUGUCAUGGACAGUAUCAUCACAAAAUUACAAACCACCCCUUCAUAUAAAGUCAUUCAAGUUGGAGCCGAGGGUACAAGCGAAGAUACCAUCACCAAUUACCGUGCGAUAAAUUCGAAAACACAUGAAGCCGAUGUUAUUGAGGAGAUUCGUACAGCCGAUGUAGUAACAUGCUCCGUUGGCCCGAAUAUUCUCAAGUUCAUUGCACCAGUUAUCGCUAAAGGUAUUGAUGGUCGAGCCAAUGAUGCAACCCCCAUUGCAGUCAUUGCUUGCGAAAAUGCCAUUGGUGCUACUGAUACCCUCGCCCAACACAUCAAGGGUGACCAUACUCCAGAACAUCGUCUAGAGGAUCACCACGAGCGCGCACGAUAUGCAAACUCAGCCAUCGAUCGUAUUGUUCCAGCUCAAGACCCAGAUGCAGGUCUUGACGUCAAGCUCGAGAAAUUUUACGAGUGGGUUGUUGAUCGCUCACCUUUCCAUGAUCACGAACCUCCAGCGAUUGAGGGAAUCAAAUGGGUGGAUGAUUUAAUACCAUAUAUUGAGCGUAAACUCUUCACCGUCAACACUGGACACGCUGCUGCUGCAUACCACGGGUACUACCAUCAGAAAGCUACAGUCUACGAUGCUCUACAAGACGCUAAGAUUCUUAAGGAAGUCCACAAGGCGUUGGAGGAGACAAGCAGUCUGAUCGUCGGCAAGCAUGGCAUCGAAGUACAAGAACAAAAGGAUUAUGUCGACAAGAUCAUUACUAGAAUAGGAAACCCACAUCUAGAAGAUGCAGUGGAACGAGUUGGUCGUGCACCCCUACGAAAAUUGAGCAGGAAGGAAAGAUUUAUUGCUCCUGCAGCCGAACUUGCGGAAGAAGGAAAAGAAUUCGGUGCAUUAUUAGACGCUGCUGAGAUGGCUUUCCGUUUCCAGAACGUUGAAGGUGAUGAGGAAUCCAAGGAAUUGGCCAAGAUUAUGUCGGAAAACUCACCAGCACAAGUUGUGGAGAAGGUCUGCGGGUUGCAGUCGGACCAUCCAUUAUUCCCUCAUGUGGUAGCCGUCGUUAAGAAGGUUCAAGCCGAUGAGUAGAGUAGUGAUGUUAAUGUUUUCUUCUUCUUUUUCUUGAUGGAUUCUAGGCUGGCGAACGGAUAGGCAUGAUAGGGAUGGAUUGGAUUGGAUAGUGAGCGAUACUCCUGGCGUGUUAUGAAUACGCAGUACGCUUUCGACUUGGAAUGAUAGUUGCCUACAGAUGAUAGUAUGAAUGGAAUAAACGAAAUACCAGAUUCAACGAUGUUUACCACUUGGCCGUUCUGAAGAAUUGAAAAUGGUGCAAAUACAUAUGUUGGAGAGGGACAGGAUCUCCUCUCCAUAUUAGCAAUCAGUGUAAAGCAUGGAAAUUUGUAAAAACUUCUCGAUACUCGAUAUCAUUGAGAGAGGUGGAUUGAUGUGUUGAUUCUUUGUACUUCUUUUUGGCUCAUCUAUUGAGAUCAGAACAAUCAGAUAUAAUGCCAAAUGACCGAGAACUCAUCA